AUUACUAUCUUUAAAAUUAAUUUAGUUAUCUCGCGAAGGCCAUACUGCUUUCAAAAAAGUGGAGGGGAUGACAGACCUAAAAACCUUUUGAUAUAAUGAGAAGAGGGGAUUUACAUUAGGUUGUUCACACACCAGAUUCAUUUGUGGGCUCCAAUCGCUAGCGAGAUAUGUCAUGACGUCAGAUUUUCUGCACAAUGGCAACAGAAUAUUCUUGUGGGUCCACUUAAGUUAGUAAAAGAUUAGUCUAAAUUCGCUAGUGUGCGAAAUGGAGGCUUGGAUUAUAAAGACAUUGCUCCCCAAAAUCCUGGCCACCGCCUACCCCAAAACAGCGCGACUCGUCACAUAUGAAAUUGGUGGUAAGAAGGGAGGCAAUGCCGGCGAUGGUGGGUUCGCCUCCAACACUUUCCAGAUGAAAUUGAAUGUUGACACUGAUGGGCAACAAGUGUCUGAUCAUUUGCUAGCAAAGAUAUUUCCUGAAGAUGAGGUGAUGCGAACCUUGCACAACACCGAGUUGCAAAUUAUCAACGAAACGCUUUGGUAUUCGCAAAUUGUGCCGGCGUACACAUCUCUGGCCUCUAAGUUCGGCGUCAAGCUCGUCUGCUUGUGGCCGAAAUUCUUCGCAUCGGAGCUCACUGAACGCGCUGCCAUUGUCAUGGAGGAUUUGUCCAAGGAGAACUUCGCCCUGGCCACUCCUCCAGCCAACUUGUCCUUUGACCACGCGCGCUUGGCCAUGGAGAAAAUCGCAGUGAUGCACGCCCUGAGCUACUCCCUUGCUGCACACGAACCUCAGACGUACCAAACUCUAGUUGGAUCUAUGAAGGACAAUCGUUUUGAUGGAGCCGGAGAUGGUUUCGACGUGAGCUUUUUAAAAGCAACCGCGCAGAGAGGGCUUGGCCCCCUGCGCUCAAGGCCAGAGUGUGCAGAUAUAGUCACCGCUCUAGACAAGCAGUUUGAGGACGCUCUGAGUAUGCAACGAAGGCUGUUGACUGCCUACGACAAGAAAACAGAUGUUAUAUGCCAUGGAGACUUUCUGCGCAACAAUAUUCUUUACAAACACCAGGAUGGAAAAGCAGUAGACGCUUGCUUGAUCGACUUUGCCACCAUUCGUGUUGCGUCGCCAUGUUCUGAUUUGGUGUUGUUCAUCUACAUGUCUAUUGAUCCUGCGGUAUUGGAAGGCGACGGCUUGGAAAAGAUACUAAGAAUUUACUACGACAAACUGACACACACUUUGGGCGCCAUGGGCAAGGUUGCAGAUCCUUGGGGUGGAAAAUUUGAGGAUCUUGUGAACGAUUUUGCCAGAUGUACCCCAUUGGCAUAUUCAAUCAUCACGUUUUUCUUGCCCCUGAUGAUGGCGCCCAAGGAGGAUUUUCACAUGGAAGCCAUGAUUGAGCUCUCCCCCGAAGAGCAAGAACAGCAAAACAUGAAUUUAGGAGGGCCAGAGGCAACAGAGAGGCUUGUACAUGUGAUCCUUGACUUCCAAAAGAGGCGUUUCCAUGAUUAUUGGUGAUAUUCUUAAUAACUUUUUGUUUUUUACUCAGAAAAUAUAGACAACUUUGUUUUGGUACUCAA